UUCCCGUCUCCUUAGUCAUUCGAAGCUAUCAACUCAACUGGCGGGCACGUCAAACAUUACCCAAAAGCGCUUUACUACCCUAGUUCAACCUAUAAAAUAUUCAUGAUCUACGAGUCCAAGAGUCCAAUCUGGUUUUUGUCCCAUGCAGGGAUAUAUGCAUACUUCCCCCCACUCCAUUUCCACAACCAGGUUUCGCUUCGUUUCAUACAUUUCCACCUAUGGAUAUUGCGAAUCUUCUCCACCCAAUUCGUCCAUUCACUACUUAUACCACUUGCCAAAAAAAAAGUGAACAAUGACCCGAACAAGAAGUAAAAAAAAAAAAACAAGUAUACCAAAACCAGCUAAUUUGAUUGUGAUAAUCACACUUCUCGGAUUCGUUCUUCCCGGG